AAUUUUUAUCCACAUGUUCAAAUCUAUCCGAAAACCAAGAAAAAGAAGCAACCGUGCGUCAAAUUUGUCAAAACACGACAACAAACAAUUGUCAAAUCCUGGAAGAAUGAACCUUACUGCAUUUUUGUAAAUAUUGAUGGAGCCAUUACUUUUGGAAGAUUUUCAUAGGAGUAACAUUCCUACCAAUUUGAUCAAACUAAUGAAAGUUUUUGAAGAGCAAGGCAUAAAACCAAGUAAGAGUGAUUUUUUGGUAGGAUGUAUAUAUGUCUUAAUGUUGGAGUAUGGAUUUAUUCCUCAAGAAAAAGAAAAUGCUUACAAUGAGAGCGAAUUUUGUUAUAAAAGAAUAGAAGAGCUUAUUCCAGUACAUGGAUGGAAAAAAUGUGAUGAAAUUAACUAUAAUUUAUCAUUUAUCUUAGUGCCCUACCAGUUAUAUGUUUGUAAAAUUUCAUGCAUAAAAAUGGGCGAUGAUUUAGUUAUUAAUGCUUUUGUGCGAAACAUUGAAGAUGCCCAUUGUACUGUUAUGCUUGAUAUUUUGACAUAUUAUACUGACGGUGUAAAUAUGGAAGCAGAUGUGAAAAGGAUGCAGAAUCUGAGAGCGAUGUCUGCAUUAUUUAAAGAUCAAAUUGCAUAUCCUAUUAAACAUGCAAUAUUACGUACAGUGGGACAUAGGCAUGCAUGUUUGGAAGAUUUGCCCCUAGAAAUUAUCUACUACAUCUUCAAAUACAUCCAUGGCACUGAUAUAGUCAGGUUAACUACUACCUGCAAGCGUUUUUAUGUAUUGAGGCAAGAAGCCAAGCUGUGGGAAUAUCUUCUGAAGAGAGAUUUCAAUAUUUGUAUGAAGAAAGAUGAUUACAAAGAGUUAUUUGAAAAAUAUGGACUCGCUCAGCGACGUAAAGUACAAAAUGAUCAAGAAGAUGUAUGGACAUCAAGAUACAGUUAUCGAGUAACGGAGAAUACAUUGUUUUGAGUGUUGGUUAUGAAAUAAACUUGGAAUUUUUGAGAAUAUUAUUUCUUGUUAUGAGGAAAUGCAUUUAUGUUUAUUUGA